AUGACAACGGAUUUACAACCCCCGGUUGCCCCCAUGGCUCAACCUUCUUCGGCACCGUCGACAUCCCGAGCUCGCUCCAAGACGAGAUCGAGGUCGAGGCCGGCUCGACGGCGUCGAGACUCGUCCCCCGCGCCGCCCUCCUCCCCGCCAGGUCUGCCGACGCCGGCAUUCUCACCCGACGGACAUAGCGAUCUAGACGACGAGAUCAUGGAGGGGGAUACACUCUCACCAUUCGACCCCCGCAGAAUCACGCCCACCCUCCAUGCGUCGCUUGUUUCUGAGAUCCUCAACCUCCGCCGGGAGGUGGAGAGCAAAACAAAAGCAAUCGAUUCCUUGGAACAGAGUUUGGAUGAAUCGAGGACGGAAAGCGAGACGCUGAGCGAGAACCUGUCCCAGGCUACCCGAGAGGCGCGCUCCCUGAAGCAUCAGAUCCAGUUGCUGGAGGGCGGGACGUCGUCGGCGAUGACGGAGCUGGCCCGCGAGCGGGACGAAGCAGUCGAGAACAUCAAUGAUGCCCGUAGGAAGCUCGAGCAAAUUCAGAAACGAGCUCGCAGCCGCGAAGACGCGGUCGAGCGGACGCAGAUGCUGUGGGAUCGCGAUCGCGAGACGUGGGACAAUGAGCGACGGAAUCUGGAACGCAAAGUCCACGUAGUGGAGGGCCGUUUGAAAACGGUCUUGAGUGAGGUCGCAGCGGCGCAGGAAGCUGGCACGCUUACCUCGCAGCAUAGCGAGAAUGACGAAAUCGCCAAGCAUAAGGCGAAAGGCAGCGACACGGCCAGUGUCGCUUCGAGCAGCCAGGGCCGUCGGCGCACGAGUAUGACCAGCGUGACGACGGAUGAGGACGACAAUGAUGCCGAGUAUCACAAUGUUCGAUAUUCAGUCAUGAGCAUGGCCCCCGGCAAGGGCGAUUCGGGUUUGAAUUUGGCCCAGGAAUUGGCAUUUGAUGAAGAGGAAGAGUUUGUCGUGUCGGAUGAUGAUGAAACACCCGCCUCUCCGGGAGCGCUUCCUGAAGAAAGGCCGAUGUCUGUCCAUUCGACGGCAUCUCAUACGAUUGCUUCAAAGGCGAGGAAAAUCCUGGGUCUUUCGAUGCAAAGCAACGGGUCUCCUACGGCUGCUGAGUUCCGUGCCAUCGAUAUGGUCAGCCCGGCAAAAGUAGAAAGACCACGUGUGGAUUAUCGCGACACCGGUAUCCAGUACUCCCCUCCGUCGUCGCCCGAGGUGAAGGCUGUGGCAGAAGAAGCCGAGCCCAUACCUGCAGUAAUCGCGACACUAAACGCCCAAGCCGAUAUUGACGAAGAACUGCCUGAGAUGAGGGACUCGUCGACGCUGACUAUCAAGGUCGAAAUGGUGUCCAGCUCUUGCCAGACUAUCGGCGAACUGCCCAGUCCCCCGUGGACACCCAAGGUGCCCGAGUCGCCUGUUCAGAAGCCAACCGAAGCAGCCGCAAAGCCAGUGCAAAUGGCAUCAGCCUCGACACAGACGGAGUCCAUCCCCGAGCCUGAGCCAUCGGAGGCUGAGAAGGCUAUCCUGUCGCCCAACGUCAUUCCCUCGCAGAAGAUGGAUAUUCCGAUGAUUGCUAUACACCCGCCGGGCUCAGAACCAGCUUCGCCUCGCAAUAGUGUCGUUCUCCCGCCGCAGACCAAGAAUGUGUCUGUUCAAGCCAAUUUCAGGUCCGUCGUCGAAGGACGGUCGGUCGCGAUCCAGACUGAGGAGAUCCGCAUCGAUCAGCGUCCUGUCAAACUCCCGGCCAGCCUCUUGCCCUCCGCCAUUCCAGAUCUACCAACCCGAUCCGAAAUCAAAGAGCCAGUUUAUCAGCCAUACCGCCCACCUGUACCUCCUCCGCGUUCUUCUAAACGAGAGCAGCGGCCCUUAACUGCUGAGCGACCUGCAAAGCCACCCCGUGCACUGGCUUCAGAUCCUGUGCAGGCCUAUCCGGGCAAUAACGACAACGGUCCACUCUCGGAUGAUCUGGUGUCAUCUGGUCUCCGACGGCCAUUCCGCUCCAGCAGUCUCUUUGCUGGGUUCGAACAGCUGAGUGACGACGAAGAUCCUGCCGCAGAGGAGCGUGAUAUUUUCACCGACGAUGAGCUCCUGAACCGUCCGUUUGCUUCAUACACUCUCCGUCGUGGCAAGAUGGUCAAUGCGAAGUCCAGGUCCAGUCUCGACGAGAUGCCUCUUCCUGAAAUCGACGAGCAUCUGUCUGAUCCCGAGUCUCGACGCUCUGACGUUGGCCGUGGUACUCGUGCCGCCACCUAUCGAUCAAAUGCAAGUAUCGCUUCCUCCGGCAGCCGCCCGCCGGUCAUGCGCAAGAUGGCCAUGAUUUCCAGCGGCGCGGCAGCACACCAGAAGACCCGUGCCCGCAGCCCCAGUGAGCCCAGCCUCGACAGCGGCAGCGCAGGAUCCAGUAUCGCCCCGCCCUUCCCUGUGCCGAUCCGCCUCAGCUCUCGAAAGAUCCCACUGACUGGCAGCGACGGACCUCCAAGCCCAACUCGCUCAGCCGGUCGACAAUUCUCCGACCGCGGAGGCCGUGCAACCAUUGUGAGACGACCAACCCUGCGCAGGGUACGUUCCGCAGCAGCUAUGUCCAACUCCGACCUCCCGGAGCGCCCAGAAACCCGCUCUUCCCCAGCUCGAUCAGCUUCCUCUUUCGCCCUAGAUAGCCCCUCCUACCCCCCGCCGCCUAUGCCCUUUGAUGAUAUCACAGCUCCGCGUGACCAGCGAAGCGGCCAGAAAAGGGUCUCGCACCGCGCCGCGCCAUCCAUGACCUGGGACCAUGAGCGGAAUGACUCGACUGGCGGCGUGCAGCCGACCAGUGUCGUGGACGCCAUUGCGCAAACCAUGGUCGGCGAGUGGAUGUUCAAGUACGUCCGCCGCCGCAAGUCCUUCGGCAUGGGCGAGUCCAAGGAUCACUGGGAGGGGAAGAACCCCGACGAGGUAUCAGCCAACAUCACCAACAGUGGUGUCCGGCAUAAGCGAUGGGUCUGGCUUGCGCCGUACGAGGGUGCUAUUAUGUGGAGUAGCAAGCAGCCGACCAGCGGCCUUGCCCUUCUGGGUAAGAGUGGCCGCAAGUUCACCAUCCAAUCCGUCCUAGACGUGAAAGACGACAAUCCAAUACCGAAGGGCGCCGGCACCUCACCCCCUUUCCAUCGCUCUAUCCUAGUCCUGACACCACAGCGUGCUCUCAAAUUCACCGCGCUCACCAUCGAACGCCACUACGUCUGGCUCACGGCCCUCUCCUUCCUCAGUCAUUCCUCCACGGGCCUGCAAGACCUCGCUGCUCUCCCCCCUGCUCCGCAAGAAGAGGCCUCCUACCCAUCCCAAGCCACGCUCCGCCGCAAUCCUAUCCGCGAUUCCAUCCGCGUUGCAAAGGGCAGGCCACGCCCCAUACCAAAAGGCAAACACUCGUUGCCCAGCGCUCCAGUCCCGGAGCUUCCUCCCACCCAUCUAGACAACAUGGCCGCCGACGCGCCGCACGUGCCCCGCUUCUCAAGCCACAACACGCACACCCGCAAGCGUAGCAACACCGCGCCGCGCCCGCCUGCCCUGCACGCUAUCCGCAGCUUCUCGAGCCAGGGCACCAUGCCCUCCGUCCACAGCGGGACGACCGGCUCCUCGGAACCCUAUUUCUCGCCCGUCCCGCCGCCCGCCUUGCCAACGGGUGUUGGCAGCGGCCGCAGCAGCAUUAGUCGGAUGUCUGAGGCGAGCGGGCGCACGACGAAUACCGCUGCUAGCAACAUGUUUGAUGUUGGCACCGUGCGCAUGGAGGCGUUCAUUGAUCACCAUGCCGAGCAGAUUAAUCGGCCUCGUGCGAUGCCGGCCGCGCGCUCGCGACAUGCGCGCAAGGCGUCUAGUCAGUGGAGUCAGUAUGAUGCGCCGUCUAUUGAUGAAAGCGAGCUUUCAUUUCGGUCGGAUCCGUUCCGUGGGUUCUAG